AUGACACGACAUACUUCAAGAUCAGGUAAAGGGAAGUUAAAUAUAAUUUUAGUAGAAGAUGUUGAUCUAAACCCAAAGUUAUAUGAAGAAGAAUUGAGGGAACGUGAAAAGCGUGACAAGGAGCUUGAUGCCUUGAAUGCAUUAAAAGCAAAAUUUGAAGCUGAAGAGAAAAACGUUGAAGAAAUUCUCGCUUCUACGAAGGCCAUAUUUCCGGAUUGGAAUGUUGAUCAGAUUCAGAAAGAAGCUAUUAAUUAUCCGAAACUAUUUUUGUUGGAGCCUCGGACCUCUUUCUCUACUAAAAAUGAAAGUAAGUGUCAGUUGGAUUUUCUGAUUACAACAAAGGCAUUUCAAUUCCGUUGUUUUAAAAAUAUCAUGAAGGUUCCUUUGGCGAAUGUUGCUGUAAACAAGAAGUUGUUAUUCUUACGAGAUAAGCAUCUAUAUUCUACUACAAUGUUGAAUCAAAUUGUCGAUAGAGAAAAGGCAAACAAGUCAAAUAAUGAAGGCGACGUGAAGUGUGUUUCUAAUAUGCUUAAAUGGUGGAUUGUGAUUCGGAUGACUCUAUUGAAGACUAUACCGAAGAUUUUGGAAGUCGCAAAGAAUGUGAAAGAAAAGACCACAACAACAACUUGA